UUGUGUUGAAGGAAACUUCCUUCAAUCAGGAGCUAACGCUCCCUCAGGGGAAACGAGGCCAUGGUGGGGGCGUCUCCAGCCAUGCUUUUAAAACGUCCAAAGGCAGAAGUGGUCCUUCAGUUGCCACCAGCGAGUGCACCAGAAUGGACGUGGAGGAGCUGAUCGAGUCCAUCAUCCGAGCGGCCAUGUUCAUAGCGGGGGUAAUCGGCAACAGCUGGCUGGCCUUCAGCUCCAUCCCCUCCAAGAGGUCCGGCCUGAGCACCAACGAUCUCCUCUUCAUCAACCUGGCCGUGUCCAACCUCAUCACCAACUACCUGGUGGACCUGCCCGACACCGUCGCCGAUUUCGCCGGCCACUGGUUCCUGGGCGAGGCCUACUGCGGCGUUUUCCGCUUCAGCGCCGACCUGUCGGAGACCAGCAGCAUCUUCACCACCUUCUUCAUCAGCGCCUUCUGGCACCAGAAGCUGGUGGGCUCCCUGAAGCGGGGCGGCGCCCCCGUCAAGCUGGACAACCUGUUCCUGGUGGCCUGCCUGCUGGCCGGCAGCUGGACCACGGCCUUGGUGUUCAGCGUCCCGCACUUCUUCUUCGUGUCCGUGGACGGGACCAACGAGAGCGAGAAGGACUGCAUCGACGUCUUCCCCAACGACCUGUCCAGGAAAACCUACGACAUCUUCUACCUCACGCUGGCUAACGCGCUCCCUCUGGCCGGGUUGUUGACGGCCAGCGGUCAGAUCGUGCUGACUCUGCUCCAGAACCAGCAGCGCGUCAGGAGUCACGACAACCCUCCGCUCGGCAAGAACGUGAACCACCGGGAUCGGGGAAGGGAUGUCAACGUGGUUUCUGGACCGAGCAGCGGAAGUGCAACCCACAUCUACACGGGCGUCUCCGCUUCCGGUCCGGAAGCAGGACAAGCCUCCACCCUCCACUCAGACCCUGCUAGGGCGUCCAAGCCCGGCUCAAACUCGCAAGUGAGGGCGGCCAAGAGCGUGGUGGCGGUGGCCAGCGUUUUUUUGGUCUGCUGGCUGACUCAUCUGCUUCUCCGCAUCUCCAACAACUUCCACACCUCCUCGCUGGUGGUGGAGGUGGCCAGCUACAUCGCAGCCUCCUACACCUGCAUCAUCCCUUACAUAUUCCUGCACGGCGUCAAGAAGCUGACUUGCUCUUGCAAAAGGUAGACACUUGAUCAUAGCCGCUAUGCCAGGGGUCGGGGGAACCUUUUUGGCAGAGAGAGCCAAGAAGGCAAAUAUUUUAAAAUGUAUUUCUGUAAGAGCCAUGUAAUGUUUUUUUUUAACACUGAACACAACUAAACGUUUGCAUUUUUAAGUAAGACCAACAUUUCUGGAGUAUCCAUCCAUCCAUUUUCUACCGCUUAUUCCCUUUUGGGGUCGCGGGGGGCGCUGGCGCCUAUCUCAGCUACAAUCGGGCGGAAGGCGGGGUACACCCCGGACAAGUCGCCACCUCAUCACAGGGCCAACACAGAUAGACGGACAACAUUCACACUCACAUUCACACACUAGGGCCAAUUUAGUGUUGCCAAUCAACCUAUCCCCAGGUGCAUGUCUUUGGAAGUGGGAGGAAGCCGGAGUACCCGGAGGGAACCCACGCAUUCACGGGGAGAACAUGCAAACGCCACACAGGAAGAUCCCGAGCCUGGAUUUGAACCCAGGACUGCAGGACCUUCGUAUUGUGAGGCAGACGCACUAACCCCUCUGCCACCGCGAAGCCCAUUUCUGGAGUAUAAUAAGUAAAUAAAUAAAUAAAUACAAUUGUUAUUCUGAAGCUAACUGUGGAGGGGGGCGUGUCCUGCGGGCCCGCAGCGAAGCGGGGUGUCGCCGGGAUUGGCCUCGAAAUCAGCGACAGGUGCGUAGAAGGCCCACCUGGGCCUUUUUAUCUAACCACCUGUCGCUCUGUUAUAAGCGGCAGCCAGGAGGAGAGACAGGGUUGGGGCUGGAGCCAGAGCGCGAGCGAGAACAAAAGAAAAAAAGACAAUUGCUAGAAAGCAACUGAGAGACUUAUUGAAAAAUGAAACAAUAAUGUAACCCUGAAACAGGCUCUCAUAUCGGUGCUUGGUGGUCUGAAGAACCCCCAGGGGGGGCAAGCCCCACACUAACCAAUAAUAAACAAAUAAAUUCUUACCAUUAACGCAACUUCUUGAACAGGUGUGGUAGAAAACGGAUGGAUGGAUUAAAAAAAGCACGAGAAUGUUUUAUAUUUUGAACAUUAUUUUUAACACUGUGAUUACAAGUGGAAUUAUUCAUAAUUUAUCGUGUCAAGCAAUGUCAGCUCAGAUUUACCUGAGAGCCAGAUGCAGUCAUCAAAAGAGCCACAUCUGGCUCUAGAGCCAUCGGUUCCCUACCCCUGGGCUAUGCAUACGUUAUGUAUCACCAGUGACAAAUGAUCUCGGCCUGUUAAAAGUAACGAGGCAACACGUGUGAUUAAUCCCCCCAAAAAUUUGCUUUAUGCAGAAUAAUAACGCAAUUUAUUUUUAGCGCACAUGAGCCGCAACCCCGAAGGGAAUAAGCGGUAGAAAAUGAAUGGAUGGAUGUUCCUUUAGCUCAGUGGUUCUCAACCUUUUUUUUAGUGUGGACAUUUUUGCCCCCUAAUCAGAGCAAAACAUUUUUGGUUAAAAAAAAAAAAAGAGAUAAAGAAUAAAAUA